AUGGUGGAUGCUCGUUCCUCGUCGUUUCGGGUCUUUAGCAACUGUUGGCUCCGCAACAGCUCCAGGGUGGGCAUUCGCAGGGUCGAGGACGAGCACAGCGAGCACGAGAGAGGCGGCGAACUGCUUGAGCAUCGUGAUGUGAGGCUUGAGUUGUUGGAGGCGAAUUCGCGAAUGAGCUGGAAGGAGAAGUGGAAGCAUUAA